UUAGAACUUAAAGAGUGAUCGUCUGGUGAUCGUGUGAUCGUCCGGUCACAUUGUUUAGUGCUCUCUGUCAUCUAGUAAUUGUUUCUACUUUUUCAGUGCAUCAUACAUCAGUUGUUUCUCAAGGUGAGAUUCCCAUGCUUUCUGUUGAAUGAACGAAGUACUGCAAAGUGCAAAUAUUAUAUAGGUAUAUAACUUGCCUCUUGCAUCCGUGAUUCGGUGGUGCAUCGCCGUUCUCCGCAUUCCAUUGGAUUGGUCGUCGUUGUGAGCUUCGCAUCGCAGAGAUCUGCAUCCAGAGAUCGCGCGAUGGGCCUCAAGGAAUUUAAAAUACACUUUGACAGCCCGUACGCUACCUACCAUCCGGAACAGACAGUCACUGGAAAAAUCAUCCUCGAGCUUGAUUCCCCCAAAAAAAUACGAGGUAUCAAAUUGAGCGUUAAGGGAGAAGCUGAUACUUAUUGGUCAACUGAUAGGGAGGAAUUAAACAAUGAAGGUCGUUACAUUAAUGAGACGGACGUAGUUACUGGCCAUGAGGAUUACUUUAAGGCUCAUUUUUACGUUCUUGGAUCAGAAUCAAGUCAAGAAAUAGAAUUACCCGCUGGAACGCACACUUAUCCCUUUAACUAUGUGCUUCCUCCCAAUUUGCCAAGUAGUUUUGAGUCUGACUUUGGGCGUAUUCGCUAUACAGCCAAAGCAGUCUUGGAUCGCCCAUGGAAAUUCGAUCAAGAAACUAAAGUAGCUUUUACAGUUGUCUCUCACUUUGAUUUGAAUAAAGAGUCAAGUGCUUCGGAACAAGUUGAUCUUGAAGAAAAUAAGACAUUUUGCUGUCUAUGCUGUGGAACUCCACCACUGUCUGUUAAUGUUAGGCUGCCUGUAAGAGGAUAUGUACCAGGACAGGCAAUACCUGUCAAAGUGAAUGUUGAAAAUCAAUCUGGCGUUACAGUUGAUACAAUAAAACUUAAACUUGUCAAGAUAAUAACGUAUUCUGCAACUACACCACGUACCGAAAAGAAAGUUGUGGAUCUGACAGUUUCAGAGGUAAGCAAGGGACCAGUAAAUGGGAAUGAAACGACAAGUUAUGAACAAAACCUGGAUGUACCUCCUCUACCUCCAUCAUUCCUCAAUCAUUGUGGUCUGAUAGAUUUGGAGUAUAAAUUAACAAUAGAAGCUUGUGUCUCAGGACUGUAA